AUGGCUUAUCAGGCGUCUCCUACUUUCGCAAGAAGUCCUAACGAAUGUCGUGGCUCUGAUCACCAGCUUCGUUUUUCAGAGCGUAAAGGGUCGGGCACUGGCGCUGGAUCACCUCUUUCUUCGCGUCGUCCUUCUAUCGAUCCAUGUCGUUUGGUUCCGAUGGACAAAACCAUGCACAUCGGUGGAAGCGAUGAGUUCAACGUCCUUUUCAUUGGCGCGGGAAACAUCAUGUUCGGUUCACCAGAGGGACCCUGGAACCACUCCUUCAGGCUUGAGCAUAAACUCGGACCUCGUCUGAAAGUUGUUGCAAUAAUCGACCCUGCCAUCGAGCGCGCUACUGCAAUGAUUCAAAAGAAACGCGACUCUUUCGUUGUUUCGGCGUAUGAGAAAACCCGUGUCUUCAGGACUCUCGAUGACUUCGUGAAGAACAUGGCCCCAAGAGACCGUCCUCGUGCUGUUGUCAUUGGUAGUCCACCAAUGUUCCGGGGUACUCUCCAGCCUGGACGUGACAUAGAGAUACAGAUCACGAAACACUUCCCUGGCGUACCUCUGUUCACUGAAAAACCUAUUGCUACCGGCCCUCAAUACGAGAUCGGCGAUGCCCUCGCCAUUGCAAAACAGAUCGAAGAAACCAAGACUAUUUGUUCAGUGGGAUAUAUGCUUCGGUAUCUGCAAGGAGUCCAAAUGAUUAAACAGACUAUCGAAGAGAACAACCUCACUGUUAUGGCUACUAUUGCUCGUUAUGCCUGUGCCUACGAGGCCAUCGCUAAGCCCGACUGGUGGGACAAAUCGAAAAGUGGUGGCCCAGUUAUCGAACAAGGCACGCACUUCUGUGAUCUUUCUCGUUACUUCGGGGGAGAAGUAGUUUUGUCCUCUGUUGUGGGACACUCCCUAGAGUUUGACGAGAAACCGGGGCAUAUUUCCAAGAUGCAGAUCGACGAGAGCAAGAUUGCACCAGAAAAUCGCAUUUCUCGUAUUACCAGUGCUACAUGGAAGUACGAAAGUGGGGCGAUUGGGGUUUUCACCCACUGUGUCGCUUUGCAAGGCACGAACUACAGCUGUGAAUUGGAGGUUUACGCCGAUGGAUAUUGCUUCAGACUCGUUGAUCCAUAUGUUCAACCCAUUCUCUAUAUCCGUGCGCCGGGUGAAGACAUCGAGAAAGUCCUCCGAUUCCCCGACGACGAUCCCUUCUUUUCUGAGAUAUCUAACUUUAUUGAUGUCGUUGAAGAUGUAGAGGAGAGCCCUGAAGCUGCAGUAAUUCUCUCCAGUUACGAAGAUGCGUGUCGCUCGUAUCAACUCACGUGGGCCAUUCGGGAGGCUACAGAACGUUCUCGUGCAGGAAGACUUCCUAUGAGAAAUGGGAUCGAGGCAAAGGCUUUAUGAAUACAAUAUCAGCACCUGAAGUAUUCUCGAGAAGAAAGAAAUGUACAUACUUCGAAUGCGACAGUCGUCGACAAUUUGGAUUUUUUGCUG